AUGGAGCCUGAUUGGGCGGAGGUGAAACGAUCAGGCGAGGUUGCCACUAGGAGGCAGGUGCCGGGAGGGGGACAGCCAGAGGACGGUGGCGAUCUGGAGCUCAUCGUGGGGGUGGACCUGGAAGCCAGGGGUCACGGGACGGACCGUUUCUUUUUCCAAUUUCUUUUGUCACAUGACCGUGCGGUUUCUUUUGCGAUGACUGAUCUGGUGGGAGGGAGGAUGGUCAACGCCAUGGGUCAGUCACCCGUCACCCAGUCCAGACACUCAGUGGCCAGGUGGCAGUUUGCACCCAACUGCUGGCAGUACUGGCCCAUCCUUACUACUGUCAUCUACUCUGCCUACUCUACAUAG